AUGGCAGAAAAGUCUCGAGAUGGCCAUGUCUGGACACCCGUUGGUGGGUUUACCACAGGUAUUGAGACUGACGCCGUCAUCUCUCCUCAAACGUCCAUUUCAACAUCCCCCAACACUGUCUACGACGUUGUCGUCAUCGGUGCAGGAUACGCCGGACUUGCCGCCGUGCGCGACCUAUGCAAUCAAAAGCAGUCUGUACUACUCCUUGAAGCACGAGAUCGGAUCGGCGGCCGGACAUACACAGCCAAGAAAGAUGACUUCCUCUACGAGAUGGGGGGAACAUGGGUAACUCAUCACAUGGGUUAUCUGUUUCGAGAGAUGGUUCGAUAUGGAAUGGACCGUGAUUUAAUUACUACAGGCAGCCCUAACAUGGAAAAAGGUUUUUACACCAUCAAUGUCCCUGGCGUCGAACCUCGGAAACUCUCCCAUGAGGAAGCGGGAGCGAUGCAGGCCAAGGCCUGGGACAUGUUUGUAAACGUGGAUGGUCAAUACGGUCGAACCAUAUGCCCUCUUCCCCAUGCCCAGCUUGACAAUCCCAUCGUCCCUCGCAGCACCGUGGAGCAAUGGGACAAGGUGUCAUGCAAGGACCGCUUCGAGGAGAUCAAGCAAAAGCUCACAUCUGAAGAACAAGGCCUCCUGGUAUCUCUCCUUCUGCACAUUUCCGGUGGCAACUUGGAAGAUUCCAGUCUUUGGGACAUGGUCCGCUCCCACGCUCUUCUCAUGCAUAACUCGGACAACUUUACCGACGUGUGGCUCCGGUAUAAGCUGCGAGAUGGCCAAACCGAACUGGCAAAACGCAUGUUCCAGGAAGCCAAGAACGACGGCUUAAAUUUUGCCUUUUCUACGCCGGUCGCUUCCAUUAACCAGAGCGCUUCCGGAGACGGCCCAGCCACCGUACGUACGGCUAAUAAUCAGACAUUCCGUGGUCGCAAGGUCAUCAGCACCAUCCCUCUCAAUGUCCUCAAAGAUAUUCAAUUUUCCCCACCCCUUUCUCAGCGACGCCAGGAAGCCAUAAAUAUUGGACAUGUCAAUCAUAUGACCAAGGUUCAUGCAGAUGUCAGCAACAAGGAACUGGAAAGAUGGAAUGGAAUGCGUUUCCCUAGCCAUCUCAUGUAUGGGUAUGCAGACGGUGUCCUGCCGAAUGGAGAUGUUCACAUCGUGGCGUUUGGCAAGGAUGAUCGCGAGACCUUUAUUCCUGAGAACGAUGCAAACAAGACAAUCGAUGCCCUUAAUGACCUGCACCCUAUGCAUGUUAAACGUCUUUUGUUACACAACUGGAGUACAGACCCCUACUCAAAGGGCGGUCCGGCGUGGUGGCGACCUGGUUAUAUGUCAAAGUACCAAGACGAACUGCAGAGCCGUCAUGGAAACAUUCUUUUCGCCUCAGCAGACUGGGCUCAUGGAUGGAGGGCUGCAAUUGACGGGGCCCUCGAGCAGGGCACGAUGAACGCAAGAACCGCAUUCCAAGAGAACAAUCAUGUUCGGCCAAUGCCACACACGAUGCCCAACACCGGCGACCCCAAGUCGAAGCCCGCCGGCGGGAUCAAGAUAAUCAAUGCCUCUCUAUUCCGCAUGGGCACCAAGUCCAUGGCUGAAGCGUACACAAUCCUCGGAUACCGCACCCACCACGCCAUUGACGAUCCCUUCACCGUGCCAUGGCACCUCAUCGAGGAGGCAGCCGAGGGGAAAUGGCCAGACGUCCCGGGUGCUCGACCCAGAAGACCCUACACGAGAUCUGACUGGGAUGCCAUAUGGGGAUCCUACGACGUAGUCACCGACGUCGCCUCGCCCUUCACGAUGGAUUUAGCACAGGCCUAUCCGGACGCCAUAUUCGUCGUCGUCCAGCGAGACUUCGACUCGUGGUGGUCCAGCUUCGAAUCAGAGGUGCUCGGGUGGUGUUUCUUCCGAGGAGCCCAACCUCUCAUAAAGAUCUUCGCCAUCUUCGGUUUACGCUCCGGCAAUGCCCUGAGGAAAUGCUUUCUAGGUUUUUUCCACGCCAAGUCUAUUGAGGAGAUCAAGGCGAAUGCUCGGGAGGCCUAUGAUCGGUACUUUGAUGAUGUUCGGCGUCUCAUUCCGGAAGAGAGGAGGCUAGAGCAUAAGCUUGAGGCGAGAUGGGCACCUCUGUGUGCGUUUCUUGGGAAGGAGAUUCCAGAUGUGCCGUUCCCGAGAUUGAAUGACAAGGCAGCACAUACCGCACACUCACGCGCCAACUUUAGAAAUAGUCUUUCUCUCGUUGUGCGUAAUAUGUUGUACUGGGUGGUGGGUGUGGUAUUUGUCGGGUAUCUGGCUUGGUACCUUCAAGGUCACGUCUUUUCGCGAGAUUAA